CUUCUCUUCUCUCUCUCUCUGGCUUCCCCGCUAAUACUACAUAUUACGCUUCCAAAGCCUCUAUAAUAACCAGCACUUGCCUGCGGGAAAGAGAGAGAAACAAGAGAGGACACUAUAUACUCUUCAUCUCUCUCCGUCCUUCAUUUAUUGCAUUAAAAACUCUAUUUUGGCUAGUUUUAUUUUGCUCUUCGUCAUUUUCUCUCCGCUGUAUUUUCCUUCCGGAGAAGGGAAAACAAGGACAACGCAUUCUCUCCAGUUUUCCCUCCUCAUAUAAAUUAAAUUCACUUUCUCGGGGAACGGAAAUAACGCAUUUUUUUUUUCUCUGCUCUCUCUUUCUCUCUCAACUUUCUCGAGAAAAUUUCUGCUUUUGUGGUUGAGAGCUUUCCAGCUUUGAGCUUCGAGCUUUGGUUCUUGUCUGAAUUUCAGCUAGCCUAGAAGGGAGAAAAUCCUGAGGGAAUUGGUUGUGUUUUGGAAAGUAAAAUCGGAUUCGGAAUAUGGACGCGAUCGGAGCUAGAAGAAGAGGUCAGAGAUCGACGUCUAUGGUGUUGUUGAACAUUUUGUUAGCUUUUGUUUUCGUAUCGGCCGAGAGAGGUCUCAAAUCGGAAUUUUCGAGGCUCGAUGGAAAAGAAGGAUCUCAAUCCAAUUUCCUUCAAAAAGCAGCGAAUUUCUUGUGGCAAUCCGAUGCCUCAGGUUAUCAACACGUUUGGCCGGACAUGAAGUUUGGGUGGCAAAUUGUUCUGGGCACUAUAAUUGGAUUCUUUGGAGCAGCUUUUGGGAGUGUGGGUGGUGUCGGCGGUGGUGGGAUUUUUGUCCCUAUGCUUAGCCUGAUUAUUGGGUUUGACGCAAAAUCCGCGACAGCAAUAUCGAAAUGUAUGAUAAUGGGUGGAGCUGUCUCAACUGUUUACUAUAACCUUAAGCUAAGACAUCCCACUCUUGAUAUGCCCAUUAUUGACUACGAUUUGGCCUUGCUAAUACAACCGAUGCUCAUGAUGGGAAUUAGCAUUGGAGUAGCAUUCAAUGUGAUUUUUGCCGAUUGGAUGGUUACUGUUUUGCUUAUUAUUCUAUUUAUAGGCACAUCGACGAAGGCAUUUUUCAAGGGCGUUGAAACAUGGAAAAAGGAAACCAUAAUGAAGAAGGAGGCCACCAAGCGUUUGGAAUCUGACGGAAUUAAUGCUGGAGGUGCAGAAUAUAAGCCUCUUCCUGCUGGCCCGAGCAAUAACUCAGAGAAAGAAGACAAGGAACCAGAGGUCACAAUUCUUGAGAAUGUUCGCUGGAAGGAGUUUGGACUUCUAGUUUUUGUCUGGUUUGCAUACCUUGGACUGCAAAUCGCCAAGAAUUAUACAUCUACUUGUUCAACGGCAUAUUGGGUAUUGAACUUGAUGCAGAUCCCAGUUUCUGUUGGAGUAACAUUGUAUGAGGCGAUUAGUUUGUACAAGGGACGAAGAAUAAUUGCAUCAAAGGGAGAGGAUGGAACAAACUUCAAAGUGCACCAGCUGGCUCUUUAUUGUGCUUGUGGGGUUCUUGCAGGAAUAGUUGGUGGUUUACUCGGACUUGGUGGAGGGUUCAUUAUGGGCCCGCUGUUUCUUGAGCUGGGAGUGCCCCCACAGGUCUCAAGUGCCACAGCCACCUUUGCAAUGAUGUUCUCCUCAUCUAUGUCUGUUGUGGAGUACUACCUUCUGAAACGUUUUCCAGUUCCUUACGCCGUUUACCUCGUUCUUGUGGCUACUCUUGCGGCCGUUGUAGGACAGCAUAUUGUCCGAAGGCUAAUUAUUUUGUUCGGACGGGCAUCCUUAAUCAUCUUUAUUCUAGCUUUUACAAUAUUUGUCAGUGCAAUCUCACUAGGUGGGGUGGGCAUAUCGGACAUGAUCGGCAUGAUCGAACGGCAUGCAUACAUGGGCUUUGAAAACCUCUGCAAGUACAAAGUCUAGCACAAGCGUUUUCGUUUCGUUUUGUUUUUAAAUUCCUACAAGAUUUGUUGAAAAUGUAUCUCGUGCUUCUUACCAAGUUCUGAGUCAACAGGACUAGGGAUGAGUAUUGCUCUUUUAAUUUUUUAGCUUAGUCGUCCAUAUGCUCCUUUUCUUCAGCUACUCUUGCUGUUCAGAUUUGAAUUUUUGGUUGUAACAUCAUUUGCCUAGAUUACAGAUGAGAAGAUAUGCAAUCUUUCAACAAUUUCAAA